CUGAUGGAUGAGGAUGAGAAAGACAGGGCAAAGAGGGCUUCACGUAAUAAGUCUGAAAAGAAGAGACGUGACCAGUUCAAUAUUCUCAUUAAGGAGCUCAGUUCAAUGCUUCCUGGAAACACACGUAAAAUGGACAAAACUACAGUUCUUGAAAAAGUCAUUAGCUUUCUUCAGAAACAUAAUGAAUUCUCAGUGCAGACAGAAUUUUGUGAUGUUCAUCAGGAAUGGAAGCCCUCUUUUCUCAGCAAUGAAGAAUUCACUCAACUGAUGUUGGAGGCACUGGAUGGGUUUGUUAUAGCAGUCACCACUGAUGGAAGCAUCGUGUAUGUUUCUGAUAGCAUCACACCUCUUCUUGGACACUUGCCAUCUGAAGUCAUGGAUCAAAAUUUGUUAAAAUUCCUCCCGGAACAAGAACAUUCAGAUAUUUAUAAAAUAUUAUCAUCUCAUAUGCUUCUAAUGGAUACUGUUUCAUCGGAUUAUCUAAAAUGUAAUGAGGAUUUAGAAUUUUACUGCCAUCUUCUACGAGGAAGUCUGAACCCAAAGGAUUUUCCAACAUAUGAAUACAUAAAAUUUGUAGGGAAUUUUCUAUCUUACAAUCAUGUGCCUCUGUCUGACUGUCACAGCUCUGAAGAUGCUGUUCCUAGGGAUUACAGAACACCACAAGGAAAACAAAUCUGCUUUGUUGCUACUGUUCGGCUGGCCACCCCUCAGUUUUUAAAGGAAAUGUGCAUAGUUGAAGAAUCUUUAGAGGAAUUCACUUCAAGACACAGUUUGGAAUGGAAAUUUUUAUUUCUGGAUCACAGAGCCCCACCAAUUAUAGGAUAUUUGCCUUUUGAAGUGCUGGGAACUUCUGGCUAUGAUUACUAUCAUAUAGAUGACCUACAGCUCUUGGCACAAUGCCAUGAACACUUGAUGCAAUUUGGCAAAGGGAAAUCUUGCUGCUAUCGAUUUUUGACCAAAGGACAGCAAUGGAUCUGGCUACAAACGCAUUACUAUAUCACCUACCAUCAGUGGAACUCCAAACCAGAAUUCAUUGUGUGCACUCAUACAGUAGUGAGUUAUGCAGAUGUUCGAGUGGAAAGGCAACAAAAUCUGAUUUUAGAAGAUGCACCUAUAGAUAUCAUCUCUUCAGUAUUAAAGGACAAUGUCCCGGAUUUGAAUCCUCAGCAGCAUUUUAAAUCAAUUGAAUUAGACACAGCGGUUCUCAACACCAGCCAGAUAUUUUCUAUGUCUUCUCAUGGUUUACACAAAUCUUUGCCUUCAUCCUUGCCUGAAACGGCAACCACAAUAACAAAGCCCAUCCCAGAGUCUUCCUCAUUGCAAAGAUCACCCAUCAUACAGCAGAACUUACCAAAAGAGAGGUCUAAACUACCUGCUACAGCUCAACUCUCUUCCCAAUUUACUAUGUUUCAAACCAUCAAGAACCAACUUGAGCAGCGGACCCGUAUACUGCAAGCUAACAUUCAGUGGCAGCAAGAAGAGUUGCAGAAAAUCCAAGAACAGCUGUGCAUGGUACAAGAUUCCAAUAUACAGGAUAAGAAAUCUGUGAGAAUCUUGGAAGAGAUUCAAGAUGGUUGUCAUUCUUCUGGCAAUUUAACCUCACCCUUGAGCAAUACUUCUGUGCUCUCACCAUCUUUGGCUAUAGCACCAUCUCCUGCUAUUUCACAGGAUAGCAGCCUCCAGCAAAGCCUUACAGAUUUGGGCCAUGAUCGACAACUAAGGUAAAAGAAUAAGCUUGUGGUUUGUUUUGUUUUUCCAUCUUUAUUUGCGGUAGUAUAGUAACAAAUUUUAUCAGAGGUUUAAAUUAUUAUUGUAACAGACAUAUAGAUAUAUAUGCAUAAUCUAUCCUGCUAUUUUCAUGUAAGCAAUGUAAGCAAUGUUAUGCAGAGCAUAGAAAAGGUAUAAAUUUUAAAAGAGUAAUGCUACAAAUAAAAAUCAUAAAUAUGUAGAAAGGUAUAUUCUUUC